AUGGAUUUCCAACACCGUGUAGGAGGGAAGACUGGUUCUGGUGGUGUAGCAUCGGAAGCUGAAGCUAAUCGCGACCGUAGGGAACGUUUGCGACAACUGGCACUUGACACGAUUGAUCUGAACAAAGACCCGUAUUUUAUGAAAAAUCACUUGGGGACAUACGAAUGUAAACUGUGCCUUACUUUGCACAAUAAUGAAGGGAGCUACCUUGCACACACUCAAGGGAAAAAGCAUCAGUAUAAUUUGCAAAGACGAGCUGUUGAGCAGGCCCGUGAGGCUCCAUCUACAAUGCAACCAGAGCGCGUUAAAGUAGAGCCGAAGAAAUUCAUUAAAAUUGGUCGUCCUGGAUAUAAAGUAACCAAACAAAAGGAUCCGGAUGCUAAUCAACAGUCUAUGCUUUUCCAAAUUGAUUAUCCAGAAAUAGCUGAUGCUUCUGGUGUAAUACCUCGACAUCGGUUUAUGUCUGCUUAUGAACAACAUGUUGAACCACCAGAUAAACGAUGGCAAUACUUAUUGUUCGCUGCUGAACCAUAUGAAACAAUUGCUUUUAAAAUUCCUAGUCGUGAAGUAGAUAAAGACCCCAAGAAGCUGUGGACUUAUUGGAAUUCCAGCUCUAAACAAUUCUUCCUACAGUUCGCUUUCAAACUAGAAAGUCAAUCAUCUUCUACCGCUAUGCUUCGUGAUUUAGAAAUGCAAAAAGCUAAAGCUCAACAUGCCCAACUUCAGCUUCAAUUACCUCCACCGCCACCGCCACCACCUCCGCCUCCACCACAUGCUAUUGGUCUUCCUAUUCCAAGUUUUCUUCUUAAUAUGCCUUUAAAUACCAGCAUGACUAACAUGCCGCCGCCCCCGCCUCCGCCACCAAUUAUGGUUGGAGCAAAAGAUACAAAGCCCUUACUACCUCCUCCUCCUCCACCACCACCUUCAUUCUCACUAGGUGCUCCGCCGCCCCCUCCACCACCGCCCGCGUUUGGAGUAAAUUCUAGUGGUGUAGGGACAAAUGCUUCUUCAGCACCAAUCCCACCACCGCCGCCACCAACACCCCCAGCUUCCCUUCAACUGAAUGGGAACUAA